CUGCUCCGCCUCCCUCCCCGCGGGCCGGCCCCGCCGCGCAGGGCUCCGGGACCCGGCGAGCCUUCGGGGCCCCCGCGCGUCGCUGCUGGUGGUUGGGGCUGUAGCGAUAAUAAAUGAUAGAGGAUACAAUGACUUUGCUGUCUCUGCUGGGUCGCAUCAUGCGCUACUUCUUGCUGAGACCCGAGACGCUCUUCCUGCUGUGCAUCAGCUUGGCGCUGUGGAGUUACUUCUUCCACACGGACGAGGUGAAGACCAUCGUCAAGUCCAGCCGGGACGCCGUGAAGAUGGUGAAGGGCAAGGUGGCCGAGAUCAUGCAGAACGAUCGGCUCGGGGGUCUCGACGUCCUGGAGGCCGAGUUUUCCAAGACCUGGGAGUUUAAGAGCCACAACGUGGCUGUGUACUCCAUCCAGGGCCGGAGAGACCACAUGGAGGACCGCUUUGAAGUUCUCACGGACCUGGCCAACAAGACGCACCCGUCCAUCUUUGGGAUCUUUGACGGACACGGGGGCGAGACUGCAGCUGAAUAUGUAAAAUCAAGACUCCCAGAGGCUCUUAAACAGCAUCUUCAGGACUACGAGAAGGACAAAGAAAAUAGUGUUUUGUCUUACCAGACCAUCCUUGAACAGCAGAUUCUGUCAAUUGACCGAGAAAUGCUAGAAAAAUUGACUGUAUCCUAUGAUGAAGCAGGUACAACGUGUCUGAUUGCUCUGCUGUCAGAUAAGGACCUCACCGUGGCCAACGUGGGUGACUCAAGAGGGGUCCUGUGUGACAAGGACGGGAACGCCAUUCCUCUGUCUCAUGAUCACAAGCCUUACCAGCUGAAGGAGAGAAAGAGGAUAAAGAGAGCGGGUGGUUUUAUCAGUUUCAAUGGCUCCUGGAGGGUCCAGGGAAUCCUGGCCAUGUCUCGGUCCCUGGGGGAUUAUCCGCUGAAAAAUCUCAACGUGGUCAUCCCAGACCCAGAUAUCCUGACCUUUGACCUGGACAAGCUCCAGCCUGAGUUCAUGAUCUUGGCAUCAGAUGGCCUCUGGGAUGCUUUCAGCAAUGAAGAAGCUGUUCGAUUCAUCAAGGAGCGCUUGGAUGAACCACACUUUGGGGCUAAGAGCAUAGUUUUACAGUCAUUUUACAGAGGCUGCCCUGACAAUAUAACAGUCAUGGUGGUGAAGUUCCGGAAUAGCAGCAAAACAGAAGAGCAGUGAACCCUUCGGGGUCUCGGCUGCCUUAGACUAAAGGACUUUCAACACACUGGUCUCUUUUAAUGUAGUCAAAGGUGUGGGAGUUACAGUUAGGAUGAGCCACCUAGAUGUGGGAUUCCCCUCCCUGGUGGACAUAGGUCUCUAUGCAGGAAUGGACAGAGGGUGCUCUUGGCCAGCGUAGCUGAGAGGCUGGAAAAAUGGUUUCUUCGUGUUUUCCCAAUUCUUUCAUCCGAUGUUCAAAAUAUAUAAAUAUAUAGCUGUAGAUUCACAUGUAUGAGGUGAACGGCACAUGUGCCAUAUAUUCUCCCAUUUGAGAGUCUUUGCAAGAUCUCUUACAGGAUUCUCUCCAACAUCAGACUUUGUCCUCUCUUUGGAGCAGUGAGCAGGGCUGCAGGAGACGGGCUGCCGCGUCCCCCGUGAGUCUCGGCUGAUGGGUCAAGGCCCGCUGCUGAGGGCAGAGCUAUCCUGAGACUGCUCUGGCCUCCUGAACCCAGCUUUUCUGCUCAGCAGCAGCCCAGACACAGAUUUGAGAUGGUUUAAUAUUCCGUGGCUGCUUUUGGAGACCGAGGGAAGGAAGUGGGGAGGAUGAGAGCCGCCUGCACAGCAGACAUAACCUUUUGCCUUGGCUUCCUUUAUUAGUUUAAUAGACUCCCUGUACCACCUGACCAGUCUUCGUGCAUUUAUCCUAGUCGUGCAUGACCUUAACCUUCUGCUUAUACCUGACCUUAUGUAAUAGGCAGCUGUGAAACUUCACCACCAGACACCACAAUUUUUUUUUUGUCUUACUAAGAAACCUAUUAGGGGAAGCGAAUAGAGUAAAUCACAAUACCAUAAUUUCUUCCAUCUUUAAGGGUAGAGAGAGGAAAAUAGAAGCCAAAUAAGUCAAGGUGCCCUUUGGGCAAUCUGCCGUUUGCAUUAGGAGAGAAAGCUGGGGAAGGUCACCACCCUGAAUUGAGCUCCAGUGACCAUUUUUGUGGUCUCCUGUCCUAGUAGCUUUCAGGUGUCUCUCCAGAGGUGUUUCAAGAAGCAGUAGCCUAGAACUGAGUGUGUGUGUGUUCCCUGAAGCCGAGUACACUGUUCCCAGCGCAGUUUGCAAUUUGGUGGUAAGAUGCUGGCAUGUGUUUCUCCUUGACAGUGGGAAGGCAGCAGCCUGUAACGUCUGGUUGCAGCUCACUGUCCACACCAGGUAGGUUGCCCCAGGCAAACACAAACUGCCCCACACCGUCCUGCAUUCUGUGGCAACCACGCUGGCUGGGAAUUCAUGCUCUGACCUGUAUUGUUAACUGGCUCAGGGUUAUCCCAGGGCCAGGCUUGCUGCUCUUCAUUUCCUAUCACCAAAGUCAUGUUUCCAAUCUCAGUAUUUUAUAAAUUAAUUGAUAGAGAGUUCUGGGUCAUCUUGUUUGCCUGAGGUGACUCCAACAACCAAACAAGAUUUUUGUUGUGUCCCUACCGCUCUGUGUCUAAAAUGUCAAGGUGUCCACCUGGUUUUGUGCUUCUCAAGUGGGCACUCGUCAUUAGAGCUUCUCAAAGGUCUAGUGCACUGGCCACACACGUCCAGCCCUCAGUCCCCUCCCUCCCCUGCCCUUCUUCAACGGUGGAGCUCUCCCAAAGCAGGUUCCAGGGGAGGACUUGGGAGGAUGAAACGAUUCCCUUGUGGCUCCCAAGGACCGCAACCUGUCUCGAUUCCUCCAAGCGCUUACCUUUCUUUGACUGCAAUGAGAAUUAAUAAUGGUUUCCCAAGAGAUUUGCUCACUUUUGUAAACUGUAACAAUAGCAUUUCCAACAUUAGAAUUAGAACCUUGUUUGUUUGUUUUUUUUAACUAUACAGUGUUCUAGUGCAAAAUAUCUGUCACCAUUUUAAAUUGAAAUAUUUGCCUAUUGAGAGGCAGUGAACAUUUGGAUGUAUGUAUUUAGGGCAGGGGUCACGAGAGGAAUGUAGGAGACAUGCUGGUUGUGUUCAGCAAUGGAAUGGUCAAACCAGGUGGCCUGAGCUUGGAGACCUAGGACAUUCUGACUUUGGAGAGUUACCAAAGCCCACCAUCUAAGUGAAGUUAAGGAAUAAGCAGUUUUAGCAUUUUAUGCUAUGCAGUCCAUUUUCCUUUUUUAUUUUUAACUUAGCUCUAAAACUCAUAAUGACAAGGGAAAGAGAUUUUUAAAUUCCAUGAUCAUUGAUAAAAUCUAACAUGAAAAUAGACAUGUUUUGGUGAAGAUGAAAAAGCAAAGCUACAGGAAAUCAGUGUUUGUUUACCCUUUACGAGGUCUUCCUCAGUGAUGCCGAGGGCAGGAGUGCUCACUUCCCCCUGCGGCUGAGGUUCACCGGGUGUCUUCUAAAAUUUGCUUUGUAGAAUUAAUUCAUUUCUGAAUUUAACCAUGUAGUAUGUGUCUUUCCUACUGCCUUUCUGCCUUUUUCCCUCCCACAUUGGCUUGUAGAUUUUGUAAAAGAUAGACAUUUUAGGCAAAAUGGUAGCAGUUUGAUUAAGAGUUAUGGCUAUAAUCAGAGAACUUUGCUUCCUUCCUCUGUCCUGGAGCUCUCUCUGACCCUCAUCCAGCUAUUAGGGAUCUGCAGGCAUCACCCCGGGGGUGCCCUGUGGCUCAUUUUCUAAGAAAGAGGGAAGCUGAAUCUAGCCUUUAGGGAAAUUGAUUUGAGAAGUUUGCAUGUGAAGCUUCCCUAAACAGCACUGCCAAAGCUUUGAAAUUGUCACAUGAGGCUGCCCAGACUCCCCAGCCUGAGUUCACAUUGCCAAUAGCCCCACGGUGCCAAAUUUUGGGAUGGUUUUACAGUCUUUUAGAAAUGAACUUGGGAAUGAAUGACCGUCCACAUGCUUGCGAACCCCCAGCAAGAUGCCAAGCCCAGAUCCUCAUUAAUGCACUGCUCUGCUGCUGCCCCACUGGUCAUUUGUACUCUUAACAAUGGGUUGGGAUUGGGGGUGGGGGGUAGGACAAGAUAGGGAAAAUUUUUAAAAAAUUCAUUGUAUCUGCAGUUCUCUAAUCAAAGGAAUAAAUACUUACAUUGAAAACUCCAAAGCAGUUCCCAAGACCUGCAUUCAUUUUAUGUGACCAACUUGCCCAAGACACUGAACUCUAAAGUCACUAUUCUAAUAUAACUUGACUGUGCACAUGUGUACACAUUACUUGUAAUCAGUGGCUACAUUCUAUUCCUUUCCUUAGACAGAAGGUAUUGGCCUCUUGUCUAUGUAAUAAGAGCGUAACAGAGAGUGUUUUAUGGAGUGAAGGAGCAUAUGCAAUCUAGGUCGUUUAAAACAGGGCUUAUUUCAUACAACUGUAAUGAUUUGAACCCACAUACAUUCUGUGCAAACAGGACUGCAUGAGAAUGAUGGCAUCAUUUCAAUCCUAUGUGAAGUAAUUCUGGGAUAUUGAUUACAUUAUUUGCUUGGAUCACUGGGAUAUCCAGCAAUACAUGAAGGAUACACAAGGGAGUGAUCACUUUUUCCUUUACCAGGUAUAUCUUGAUUUUCCAGAUCUUUUCCCCUGAGUUAUGCCAUACCUAAUAUUCUUAGAACCUCGUCAAGGAAGAAGGGUUAGAAAGGGCAACAUUUCACUGUACAUUUGAAAAUAUAAGAAUACAUGCUCUGGAUGAAGUUUUAUUCUUCAAUGAUUCAGAAAUGAUAUUUUCUCCUUUGACCCAUCAUCAUUAGACUGAUCUUCCCUUAAUAUUCUCCUAAAAUUGCCUUAGCUGGUCACACCAACAUUCCUGAAUCAGCUUUGCAGAAAUGACUUGACUGUUAGAUACCAUGCUGGGGCCUACUUAAUUGCCUCUAGAUUAAAUCAUUGGUAUCUAGACUUCUGGGCUACUUAGUGGAACACUGCAGGAGUAAAAGAAUCUGCUGUUCCCCAAAGUGUGUUCCAAGAACACAAGUUUCAAAGAUGAUCUAACUAUAGGGUUCCAUGGUUAAGUGAGUUUGGGAAAAUAUCUUAAAAGUUAGUGCAUAUAAGCACAUAGAAGGUUUUAAUAUAAAUUUCCUAUGGGGGAGUGGCAAGGGGGGUGCGGCGGGGGGACAUGACAAACCACAACUGUAAUUUCAGGUAGCUUAUUGUUUGUUUUCCAGAUUAAUUUGGCCAGAGAAACUUUUCUGAGUGACACCUAAUAACAUUCCAAGGAGCUCAUGUUCCAUAGGGCCCACAUUGGGAAAUUCUGGUGUAUGGAAAUAUUAGUAUCUUCUCAUUCACUGUGACUCUUAGCAGCACAAUUUGCAAUUUUGAAACACUAGUCCUUUCCGUAUGAGGCUGAUUUGUUAAUGAAAGCAGUGUUAAACAGUAUGACCUAAUAAGACCCUUAGCAGCCUCCCAUUGAUAACAGAAGCCCAGCAAUGCUACCUGAAGCUCUAAACUUCUCUCUUCUUGUCUAUGAAUAAUAAGCAGGAGCCUUGCCCUAUAGCUAGGAAUUUCUCAAAUUCAUUCCAAGAACUUUCAGUUGGGUUUUUGAAGUUAUCUUUGCUUUCCAGAUUGAAUCAAAAUAAAUAUUUUUACAUUUUAUCACCAUGUGAAAGUUUUAAAAUACAUAUUUAAUAGAAAAGGAGGGAAAGGGGCAGCCUAGGUGGCUCAGCGGUUUAGCGCCGCCUUCAGCCCAGAGCAUGAUCCUGGAGACCCGGGAUCAAGUCCAGCAUCGGGCUCCCUGCAUGAAGCCUGCUUCUCCCCUGACCUGUGUCUCUGCCUCUGUGUGUGUGUGUGUGUCUCUCAUGAAUAAAUAAAUAAAAUAUUAAAAAAAAAAAAGAAAACGGGGGAAAGACAUUUAGUUAUAUAAUUCAUUUUAAAAUUUUAACUAGAUUUUUAAAUUAUUUAUCCAUUGUAUAAUAAUGGAAAUGUAAACUAUUAACACUUAAUUUACUCUUUCCUCCAUCAUUCUUUCCAGAUUCAGUGAAAUAAUCAAAAAUCAAUCAAAGCUCAUUCAUUCUAAAAUCCCUAUUCCAUGUUGUCCCACCUUUCACAUUUUAUGUGUAGGAUUAAGUUUGGUGAGUUAUCUUUUGCCUAAAAUGUAGGGCUUGACUAUAGCUCCAUACUCAUCACUCUUAGCCUGGGCAAGGCUGGGAAGCUCUGGGUAAUCCCAAAAUAAUGGAUGAAAUCAAUUUUGUCCAAAACACAGUGCACAGUGAGUUUAGGGUAAAGUCAUUAACUCAGAAUUACCUCCAGUGUGUAGGAAUAUAUCUAUCCUGUGGACAUUAUCCAAAAUAGUAAGCAACCCAAAGUAAAAUUGAUUAAGCUGGGUGGCAGAUUUCCGAGGACAAGUGACAGUUGACACUAUAAGGCUUCCCAUGAGAUAUGUGCUUCUAAACAUGUUUGGUAGUAUGUAAAUUUUUUGCUAAUUCUCAAUGCUUUAUUAUUUUUUCUUUUUACCACUGUUCAGCUCAGGCUGUUUAAGUAAUGGUGGAUUAUGAUAAUUUUGAUGUGUUUAGUAAUGACCACACCCUCAUUUGUACAAACACUCUAAUAAAUUCCAGUUAAGGA